AUUAUAUAAUACUGUUUUUAUAAUCUUAAAGUUUAAUUCCAACGUGAUCAUAAUGUGGUUACUGUUUAGCAUCGCCAGCAUAUCUUAUGCACAUGUGCUUUACAAACAACAUAAGUAUUUUCAGUUUUUCAACAAUUGCUUAUUUCCGUUUUUUAAAAUUUUAGCUUACGCUUAUAUUAAUACACAGCUUUUUGUUUGCGUAUACGAAUACGUAAAUUAAUUCAAGCAUAUUUUUGUCUAACAUCUGUUCUUUGAUUUUGUGAUUUUAAAUUGUCUCGAUUUUAUAUGGAAAGCUUAAAUUACUUUACCACAAUAGAACAGUAAUGGAUUCAAAUCUACUGUAUAAUCUCUUUAACAAAGUAAACCGUUAUACAAAAAUCUCAACUGAUGAAGAAUGCCUACUCGAGAAAAGAGAGGUUGAAAAUCAAGUUACUUCAAUAAAUGCUUUUUGGAACAUUUGUAAUUCAAUACAAGGCGUAGCCAUUUUAGCUAUGCCAUAUGUUAUUAAAGGGGGCGGAUGGUGGAGUAUUGUUUCUAUGGUGGUUAUAGCAUCUAUUUCAAAUUAUACUGGACAAAUAUUGUUAGAUUGUCAUUACGAAACAUUAAAAAACCAAGAGAGUGGCGAAGUUAUACGCAAGCGUACAAGAAUAUCUUAUGCUGAUAUUGGAUUCAAAGUGUGGCCAUGGUGUGGAAAAGAUCUUAUUUUAAUUGUUCAAAUUCUUGAACUAUUAUUUAUGGCAACUUUAUAUCCAAUCGUUGCAACGUCCGUUUUCAAAACGCUAUGUCCAUUUAAAAUAUCGUCUGCGAUUUGGGUUCUAAUAUUUGGUAUAGUUAUACUGCCCAACAUCUUUAUUCGGCGUGUAAGUCAUAUAUCUUUUAUGAGCACAGUGACGGUUGUAUCUGCAUCAUUUGUUUUUUUCAUUGUUAAUUUAUAUUGCUUUACUGAGUACAAACAAUGGGAUAUAACUCAGUUGGAACAUUUUUCAUUAAGUGAAUUCGUAUCAUCAUGCGGUGUAAUAAUUGCGAGCUAUUCAUCGCAGAUGUAUUUAUCAGUUAUUGAAGAAAACAUGGCAAAACCUCAAUGCAUUAAAAGCGUUAUGAACGCUGGUUAUGCGGCCAUGACACUACUUAAAAUAGGAAUUGGUGUGAUUGCUUAUAUAACAUUCGGUAAAGAAACUUCACAAGUAGUGACUUUAAACCUUCCAUCGGGUGUUUUGUUGACCGCUGUUAACAUAGUAGUUGUUCUAUUAAGUUUGUCAUCUUACACUCUCCCGAUGUUUACUGUUUUUGAGAUCAUAGAAAAAGACUCAUUUUGGAUAAUUUCUGGAGAUCAAUCAAACGAUUGUAAUAAUGAAGGUUAUGCCAAGAUUCCUAUAGAAAAAAAUCUAAAGAAAGUCAAUAUGCGUCGAAUUAUAAUUCGAAUUUCGCUUGUUUCAAUAACGCUUGUGAUGGCUCUGAGCGUUCCUCAUUUUUGUUUAGUUCUUGCGUUUAUCGGUAGUUUUACAGGAUCAUUUUUAGAAAUGAUUUUUCCGUGUUUUUUUCAGCUAAAACUUAAAUAUGAUGAGAUUUCAAACUUAGAAAAACUAUUAGAUGGAAUAAUUAUUAUUUUUAGCUUUUUGUUUAUGGGAAUGGGGACAUAUUUUUCAGCAAUAGCUUUGGAAAAAGCAUUUCGUCUUCACACAACCGAAAUAUGGAGUAUAGAUUAACUAUUUUACUUUAAUGUACAGUGUUGCAUUUAUAACUUAGCUACCUAGAGAAUAUGCUUCCUCAAUAAAUUAUAAAUAUUAUCAUUCCAAGUCACUAAUUAUGUAACUAGUAUGUAAAUAGACUGUAUUUAUCUAAAAUCCUAGAAACUAGUAACAUAAAUAUUAGAAAAACGAGAAAAAGUUUAGUAAUUAUGA